AAUGAACAUAUUUUUGCAGUUUCUCGCCUUAUUCUACGUUUUAGCGAGUGUAGGAGUUUUAGGAUUGGAGCAUGCAGAUGAAUGGGAUCCGGACUAUGCGCCUGGAACUUCGUUUGAUUUCUCCAUCAUGGUGAAACCGUGGACUGAGGAGUGUUUCUACCAGUACGCGAGGGAGGGCGCCAAAAUGCAAGUGGAGUUUAGGGUGGUGAAGGGUGGACUGGUAGAGAAUGAAAGUUUCAUCAACUUCAUGAUUUACCGACCUCUCGGCCCGCCCCUGAAGAGGUUGUUUGUCACUUCAGGGAGCUCAGAUACGUACGACAUCGAUAAGAAAGGUGUGUACCAGAUCUGCUUGAGUAACCCACACAGUAAGUUCUACACUAAGGUGGUGUACCUGUUCGUGUCCGUGUACUACCAGGACGAGUGGGAAAAGUUCGCCCAGGAAGAGUUCGACUACAUGAUAUCCGUCAGAAACGUCACGACCACAAUGCGCCAAGUAGACUUCAAUGUGCAGCAGAUGAGACAACAUCAGGCACACGGUCGAAUGUUCCUGGCACGUGACUUCUACCUCAUCCAAUCCAACAAGAAGUAUGUGGACUACUGGUCCCUCCUACAGUGUGUCGUCAUCGUAGGGGCAUCUUUGUUUCAGGUCUACUUUGUGAAGAACCUAUUCAACGUCAAGUCAGUCACACCGACUAACAAACCCAGAUGCUAAGAAAAGCCAAAAGCAAGAAAAAUACACUUAUUAUCAUCGCUCAAAUUUCUGUCUAAAUCAAGCUUAUCCAUUUAGUACCCCAUGCCACAAUGGAACAAAAUUGUGAUUUUACAGUAAAGUGGUAUUUAACUGGUCAUGAUUUACUUCUAAUUUUUUAUCAAAAAAUGCCAUGAAUUAACUUAAUCAUUAAAUACAUAUGAUAUUUUGUUACAAUCUUAUCCAUUGAGCGAAAUUGCACUGAAUCCAUUAUCAUCAACUGAAAGUUAAACUUAAUACUAUCGUUGAUACUAUAUAUAUCAAGUAGCUAAAGGCCUUAGAAAAAUACAUGAUAAAGAUAAUCAUUAAACUUCAUAAACCAAUUAAAUCAAAGCUGCGAUUUCACAUUGAUAGUAAUGUAUGGGCCAUGAUCAUUCUAUAU